GUGCAUUUCCAAAUCUUGACUUCUCAAAAAUCCAAUCUGAGGAUGAUCCUCCCUCGAUCUUUAAGAAGGAAGGAGAGAAAGAAGAGGAAGCUAAUGAUGAGGCCACCAAUACAACUAUGGUGGACCCUGAAGACCAGGCAAAGUCUAGGGUCAAGGCAUAA